AUGGGGUUGCAGCAGUGCCGACCAAGUGAAGAAGACACUGGGAUAGAAGAAGAAGAAGAAGAAGAAGAAGAAGAAGAAGAAGAAGAAGAAGAUGCAGAUGAUGACAAAGGAAAUGCAAUACUAACUAGCACACAAACACACUAUGAUAUGACCAUCUGCCAGUCAGGGUUCACCAACGGCUGCCAAUCAUCACUCUGGAAUCAGCGGAGGAAGACUGGAGCUGCUGGGUUAAAUAGCCGCAAGAAAGGGAAACCGGCGUCCUUCAACCUGCCGCAGACUGCCACCUGGAAUAUACUUCAAUGCAGCCAGAACAUCCAGGUGCCACGUCUUUACUAUGCCAGCCACCGACCCCAGACACUGCACCCCUUAGAACUGGAAGAAGUAGAACUGGAAGAAGUAGAACUGGAAGAAGUAGAACUGGAAGAAGUAGAACUGGAAGAAGUAGAACUGGAAGAAGUAGAACUGGAAGAAGUAGAACUGGAAGAAGUAGAACUGGAAGAAGUAGAACUGGAAGAAGUAGAACUGGAAGAAGUAGAACUGGAAGAAGUAGAACUGGAAGAAGUAGAACUGGAAGAAGUAGAACUGGAAGAAGUAGAACUGGAAGAAGUAGAACUGGAAGAAGUAGAACUGGAAGAAGUAGAACUGGAAGAAGUAGAACUGGAAGAAGUAGAACUGGAAGAAGUAGAACUGGAAGAAGUAGAACUGGAAGAAGUAGAACUGGAAGAAGUAGAACUGGAAGAAGUAGAACUGGAAGAAGUAGAACUGGAAGAAGUAGAACUGGAAGAAGUAGAACUGGAAGAAGUAGAACUGGAAGAAGUAGAACUGGAAGAAGUAGAACUGGAAGAAGUAGAACUGGAAGAAGUAGAACUGGAAGAAGUAGAACUGGAAGAAGUAGAACUGGAAGAAGUAGAACUGGAAGAAGUAGAACUGGAAGAAGUAGAACUGGAAGAAGUAGAACUGGAAGAAGUAGAACUGGAAGAAGUAGAACUGGAAGAAGUAGAACUGGAAGAAGUAGAACUGGAAGAAGUAGAACUGGAAGAAGUAGAACUGGAAGAAGUAGAACUGGAAGAAGUAGAACUGGAAGAAGUAGAACUGGAAGAAGUAGAACUGGAAGAAGUAGAACUGGAAGAAGUAGAACUGGAAGAAGUAGAACUGGAAGAAGUAGAACUGGAAGAAGUAGAACUGGAAGAAGUAGAACUGGAAGAAGUAGAACUGGAAGAAGUAGAACUGGAAGAAGUAGAACUGGAAGAAGUAGAACUGGAAGAAGUAGAACUGGAAGAAGUAGAACUGGAAGAAGUAGAACUGGAAGAAGUAGAACUGGAAGAAGUAGAACUGGAAGAAGUAGAACUGGAAGAAGUAGAACUGGAAGAAGUAGAACUGGAAGAAGUAGAACUGGAAGAAGUAGAACUGGAAGAAGUAGAACUGGAAGAAGUAGAACUGGAAGAAGUAGAACUGGAAGAAGUAGAACUGGAAGAAGUAGAACUGGAAGAAGUAGAACUGGAAGAAGUAGAACUGGAAGAAGUAGAACUGGAAGAAGUAGAACUGGAAGAAGUAGAACUGGAAGAAAUUCUUGACAAACUCUGUCAUGAAGCUGAGAGGAUCAUCAAAUUUCAUGGAGAAAUCCACUAUGAAUCUCAGGACCUGCCCAACAGCUGUUUCAUUGUACAUCAGUAUGCAUCCAUCUCUCCUCAGGCCAGCCAGGUGCCCGGCAAAGUGCCCGGCAAAGUGCCCGGCAAAGUGCCCGGCAAAGUGCCCGGCAAAGUGCCCGGCAAAGUGCCCGGCAGAGUGCCCGGCAAAGUGCCCGGCAGAGUGCCCGGCAGAGUGCCCGGCAGAGUGCCCGGCAGAGUGCCCGGCAGAGUGCCCGGCAGAGUGCCCGGCAGAGUGCCCGGCAGAGUGCCCGGCAGAGUGCCCGGCAGAGUGCCCGGCAGAGUGCCCGGCAGAGUGCCCGGCAGAGUGCCCGGCAGAGUGCCCGGCAGAGUGCCCGGCAGAGUGCCCGGCAAAGUGCCCGGCAGAGUGCCCGGCAAAGUGCCCGGCAAAGUGCCCGGCAAAGUGCCCGGCAAAGUGCCCGGCAAAGUGCCCGGCAAAGUGCCCGGCAAAGUGCCCGGCAAAGUGCCCGGCAAAGUGCCCGGCAAAGUGCCCGGCAAAGUGCCCGGCAAAGUGCCCGGCAAAGUGCCCGGCAAAGUGCCCGGCAAAGUGCCCGGCAAAGUGCCCGGCAAAGUGCCCGGCAAAGUGCCCGGCAAAGUGCCCGGCAAAGUGCCCGGCAAAGUGCCCGGCAAAACAGUAGUUGAAUUAUCAAGUGGGUGGCAGGAGACAUGUAUGUAA